AAAAACGCGGGAAAAGAAGUUACGUCAGGUAGAAGCCUACGAAGGUUUGGAAGGCUCAGGGCUUUCUCUGCGACCGCCCUUGUUGAACUCUGCAUCUUCCUUCCCUUUUGCCAAGUCAAUAUGGGAAUUCACGGCUUGGCCAAGCUUAUCGCAGAUGUGGCGCCUGCAGCUAUCAAAGAGCAUGAUAUAAAAAGUUACUUUGGUCGAAAAGUGGCCGUUGAUGCUUCUAUGUGCAUUUACCAGUUCCUUAUCGCUGUCAGACAGGAUGGCAAUAUGCUGCAGAAUGAGGAAGGCGAAACCACAAGCCAUCUCAUGGGUAUGUUUUACCGUACCAUUCGCAUGUUGGAGCAUGGCAUCAAACCCGUUUAUGUGUUUGAUGGGAAGCCGCCUCAGAUGAAGUCAGGUGAACUAGCCAAACGCAGUGAGCGUAGGGCAGAGGCAGAGAAGUUGCUUGAAGCUGCCGAGGAGGCUGGAGAAGUGGAGAACAUUGAGAAGUUCAAUAAAAGGCUUGUCAAGGUCACCAAGCAGCACAAUGAAGAGUGCAAGAAAUUGCUUAGCCUGAUGGGUAUUCCUUAUGUGGAUGCACCCUGUGAAGCUGAGGCCACAUGCGCUGCCUUAGUAAAAGCAGGAAAAGUGUAUGCUGCAGCAACUGAAGACAUGGAUGCCCUGACCUUUGGCACUCCGGUGCUGCUUAGGCACCUCACAGCAAGUGAAGCUAAAAAGCUGCCUAUUCAGGAGUUCCAUCUAAACCGCGUUUUUCAGGACAUCGGCAUCAAUCACGAACAAUUUGUGGAUCUCUGUAUCUUGCUCGGAAGUGAUUAUUGUGAAACAAUCCGUGGCAUUGGACCCAAAAGAGCCAUUGACCUGAUACGCCAGCAUAAGACUAUUGAAGAGAUCAUCGAUAACAUUGACCUCAAGAAAUACCCCAUUCCAGAGAACUGGCUGCACAAGGAGGCCAGGCAGCUUUUCUUGGAACCAGAAGUGAUAGAUGCUGACAUCACUGAGCUGAAGUGGACUGAGCCUGAUGAAGAGGGACUGGUGGCCUUCAUGUGUGGGGAGAAGCAGUUCAGUGAAGACCGCAUACGCAAUGGGGCCAAAAAGUUGGCCAAGAACCGUCAAGGCAGCACGCAGGGCCGGCUGGAUGACUUUUUCAAAGUGACUGGAUCCAUUAGCUCAACUAAAAGGAAAGAGGUAGAAUCCAAAGGAUCCACUAAAAAGAAAUCCAAAACUGGAGGUACCCCGGCAGGAAAGUUUAAGAGAGGUAAAUGAACGAGUUGGGUUUGGGGAGUUAUCAAGAACUGAUGUGUAAGCGCUAAAGCCCUGAGAAUAUGUUGGCGUUCUAUUAAAAAAAAAAAAAAAAAGAUAAACUUUAUCUUUAAAUAGGUAACGUUUGAAUGCUAAUGUUUGUGUGUUAUGUUAAUUGAAAUAAAGAGAAACCAACUUUUGUCUUAGAA